AUGGAAUUGCCACCGACCCGCGUCGCCGGCGCCGCCGAGUGGGACGGCAGGCAGCUCACAACCGCCCGGGCGUCCGAUUGGUGCGAACGCCAUUACGCGACCAUCGCCAUUCAGGCCGGGCCCCCGCCAGCAGUUCUGUCCCCCGACGAGGAGGUCUUCUUCGAUGUAUGCGAAGGUCGCCAUAUUCCGCGCCAGACCUACCCUACGACGGGCAUAUCGUCAACGACACUAGCGAGUCCAGAACCCGCUGCUAGCAAGGGCAAGAAGAAAGCGGCUGCCGCCAAAGCGAAACAGGCUUCACGAUUGGCGCGCGCGCAGUACUCCAGCGACGACGACGAAUACAAUCCCUCUAACGUCGAGAAAGCCAUAGUAUCUGCCAAUAUCGCCAUCGCCCAGCCUACGGCAGCCUCGCUCAACGGUACAGGCAAAAAGUUGCGCAAGCGGGCGCCCUCCAUACCGCCCUUUCCGAAUUACGAAGAUCUUCGCCCCGUCAAGCGAACGCGGCAGCCCGAGGCGAUGCCCGUCCUGCGCAUUCGAGAUGUCGGGGUUCAGACGGAAGGCGCAGACAUCAUCUGGGGCUGGUACGGCGCAGAAGCGGCCAGCAGGGCCAAGUUGCGCGAGGAUAAUCACUUCCCGCCCAUGCCCUUUCCCGACGCGACGCACUACGUCGUCGAGGAGGCAAGCGUGGUGCUGUUCAAGAACGACCUCGCGCCCGAUAUCUUUGAGGCAGUCUGGCCUAAAGACAAGUGGUUGCGGAUGCGCGUUGCUGGGUUCUCUCGCCAAGGGACCCACAUCAUCAUGUCUCCCAACGCCAGCUAUAUCCCUUACUUCCCCGAGAAGCCUGAAGAGUCAGUCCGGUGGGCGGUGCACGAGGAUGGGCUGUACGGCGCCCAAGAAUACACGCGGGUUCCUUGCAAACAUAACGCGCGCGAGGGUCAUUCACUUUACUGCGCAUUCAUUCCCCGUCGUCCUCUCGAUCGCAAGGACCCAACGAGCAUCUUUUGGCACGACGUAUCGUACUGGUUCAUCCCCGCUCCCGAUCCGCUCAUCGACCGCGAAGAUCGCUACCUCCUCAAGCCAUAUAUUGCCGAUGCUCUCAAAGAGCCUGUGAAAUCUAUCUGCUCAUUGCUCAGAAAGAUCACCAAGGCCAGCAUCCACUACGGGGAAAAGAGCAUGAAGGAGGAUUUGGGAAUGAGUGACGAAGAGAUCCGAGACGCACUUCUAAAGGAGUCGCUUGGCCCCGAUGAUGACCGACAUGUUUCCAACGAGCACCUCGACAAGUACUACAAGACGCUGAUGGCUGGGCAUCCCUAUCUCGACGGCCUCGAGGUCGCUAUCCGCCAUCUGUACGGAUACCUCCAAAUCCACGGCAUGCCUCUCGUGCAAUGCCAACUGGCGGCGAGGGAGCUCCAGCGGUAUUGUCUGGAAGGGUGGGGCAUUGUGAAUCAGACCGUCGCGCACAACGAGAACAUCGAGCACCACCAAGACUUCAAUCCUGCAAACCCCUUGCGGUGGGUCGUUGGCGCAUUCACGGACGACUUCUUCACGAUGAAGUAUCUGGCUGAAUGUCGUGUCCCUGUUUGGCGCUCAGAAGUUUUUGGCGGGCCGAAUGGCAUGGCGUACGACAUGAAGUGGUCGAACUUCGUCAACGUCCCCUCAGUAGAGCGACUGGUGACGAUGACCUCCCCCUAUCGCAUGGUGUGCCUUUUGCCCCAUCCCGAGCGCCUCCCCUACGUCUUUAAGGGCACAUUCUCUGACAGUGGGUGGCUGGCAAAGGUGCACGCUUACUCGUCGAUUCAGUUCUCCGUCAACGUCCCUCUUGAUACGACGAUGAACGAGGACGAGGACCCGCUGUGGGCCCGCCCCAGUAUCAAGGACAGGGAGGCGUCCAAGUUGCGCAGCGUGGAUUACCUGCGCAGUGUUCGCGCUCCGGACCCGCCCCCAGCAAACCCGUUUGAGGCCGCAGAGUCCUUUGCGGACGACGAGAACAUCCCCACAGUCGAAGUUCUCCCCGUUGAAGACCGCCCGCUGCCCGCAAUCGAGGGCGUUGACACGACGCUCGACGACCACCAGGACGACAACGAGGACCGUGAGGCAUUAGCGUACAGCACCAUCGAUGUUGAUGCCAUUUCUUCGCGCGAGAGCUCCGCCGGCGUCGAAAUUGUCGAGAGCGUCAACCCGGCCCGUAACAACCAGGCGGCCGAGGUCAUCGACGUCGACAUGCUUCCCAUGAGCGUCCACGACUUCGAGGGGACCAUCGACGUCGACAUGUUACCUGACACGGAGCCGUUGGACCAGGGCACUGCGGCUGUUGAGGUCGCGCCAGCGUCUGUGACCCCGCCGCCUGAGGGUCGAGAGGACUCGCCGCCACUCUCGAGCGGUGCUGCUGCGACAACAGCGUCGACGCCGCCAGGGCCGGGAGCACCAGCGAAUAUACCGCCUCCGCCGAUAGCUAGCACGGCGGCAUCCGGGGCUUUCUCGUCUACUUCUGCAGCAGCGGCGCCGUCGCAGCCAUGGGGCAGAUCCCAGGCGCAUGUCCAGCAGCGGAUUCCGAAGGGCAUCCACACCAAUCCAAAGCAAUGGGUCACUUCCACCUACGACCAUCAGAAGGCCCUACCUUCCACGACGCUGGCAUGGGACGCUGCAAAAGCUGCUUGGACACAGUCUUGGAGCCACGGGGGCGCGCGAGAAGGCGACGCUAAGCGAUGCUUCCCGCUGCCCAGGACGCUCGUCAGUGGCAAGGACGAGUCGAAGCGCGUUGCCAUGGUUCACAUGUUUAUCUUGAUGAACAACAUGCUGCUAGAGAACGCGCGCGAGACGGACUGGGACGACGACCUUGACAGCACUCGACGUGCUGCGAACGCGCCGAUGCCGUGGAAGCUGUCGAACUCGGACUGGCGCCUGGUCCUCUUCGCCGAGCAUACGAUGAAUGCGAACCCCACUGGCCCUACCAAGAACGCGCUCGAAGCUAUCGAGGGCAUCUUCGGCGGCAAGGUCAACUUGGAGUUGCUUGUCCACAAGAUGCAACUUCCGUAUGUCAUUCACGGCGAGGAGGUCAGCCACGGUCAGAUGCCGGGCCCAGCUACCCUCAAGACGAUCCUGUGGCGCCUGCAGGAGGUGCUGUUCCGCAAGGACUGGAUCGACCUGAACCAGCGGAUGAGUGUCACGAUCAUGAACCGGGCGGAGCAGGAAGAGCGUCUACAACAAAUCUUCGACCCGGCUACGGUCAUCGCGGGUGAUCUCCUUACGGUGCGCGGCAACGGAGAGCAGCAGUUGGGCCUAGUGGCUAGCGAGUGGAGGGUGCGCGCGCGCUACGUGCGGGCAAUGGUCAAGAUUAUGGCAGGUUGGUCGCCGCCGAUCUGGGACUGUGUUAUCAGAGUGGCGCAGCUCAACCACCUCACACGGAGUCAGGCAGUUUGGCUCGAGGAGCAAGCCAGCAUGUUCUACACGCGGUGCUUGUGGGGUGAGCUUUACCGUGAGCUGGUGCCGCCUCCUAUCCGGUCCUCUGCAGAGCUUUAA